UGUCACCGCAAAGGUUGACGGGACACUCGGAAGUGCGCGCGACACCAAUGGCGUCCUAUCUAGGUUAGGACGUUUUUAUUUUUCGCAAGUAGUGUGGCAAAACCAUCACCAUGAAGGAGAAGUUGCUGGACAAGGAUACCAUAGACGCACACCAUGCCUAUGUGCAGUCUGAAAUUCGCUCGGACUUGAACUCCAUCGCCCUGGGCCCCGGCAGGCUACCGACCAACAUCGCCAUAGGUCUGGCCGUGGUGGGCUUCAUCAGCUUUAUUAUUGGCGUUUUGCUGGUAGCUUUGCGAAUGCAAUUUGUUUAUUUCUGGGACUGGAAUAAUCAGUUUGUCGGCCCAUUCUUCUUUAUUUUGUUCUUGUUCUGCUGUGGAGGGGCCACCUAUCUCGUGACUGUGGCCACAAGGCGUUCUAAUCGCUUCCGAAGGGAAUUGUAUUUUCAUCCACUUGGAGAUUAUGGGAUUGCUGCUGUACACAAGGAUGACCUGGUCCAUGAGCAUGAAAUGAAGAGUGACUUGAAGUCUGGUACCACACCACACAAGAGCAUUAUGCCACGGUCGGAGGCAUACUCUAUGACCAACCUUGCCAGAACUGAUCGCCGUGGUCACCACAAUCAGGCCUACCGACAAGGACCAGGAGAUCCCCACAGGCACCAUGGUGACCACCGUCGUGGACCACCUGAUGACAGACGACGCGGCCCACAUCCAGAUGAACGCCGCAGGGGUCCUCCUCCAGGUGGAAGACCAUCUGAUGAUGAACGCCGUAGGCCUCCACCAGAUUAUCGAGAGUAUCCUCCUGAGGGACGCAGAGGCCCACCUCCUGGAGACUAUAAACGUCCACCUCCUGAUGACCGGCGUGGCCCACCAAGGGAUGAUCGCCGUGGCCCACCAAGAGAUGAUCGCCGUGGCCCACCAAGGGAUGAAAGUCGUGGCCCACCAAGGGAUGAAAGUCGUGGCCCUCCUCGAGAUGAUCGUCGUGGUCCUCCUCGAGAUGAUCGUCGUGGUCCUCCUCGAGAUGAUCGUCGGGGCCCCCCAGACGACCAGCGUAGACCGUCACCUGAGGAAGAGAAGCGUGGCCCUCCUCGUGAAGGAAGACAGCCUCGAGGUCCACCACGCUUUGCUGAGAGGUCACCUGAUGAUGUGAUGAACAAGGUCAAGCUGGAUGUCAGCAAGGAGUCAGAGUCUGAGCUGUAGAAGGUCAAAAGAUUUGCUCCCUUUGUGUUGUCACCUAGGAGACAUUUACUACCACAUAAAUUUAGGGUCUGAAACUUCCAGACUGGAAGAUAAUAAUUGAGAUGUCUUACUGCAUUUGAAGUUUGUAGAAAACACUCCACCAAAAUCACACACACCCAUAUAUAUAUAUCAAAAGAGAGGGGUGAAGAAGACAGAUCUUGUAAAUAAAAACAAAGCAUAAGGAAUUUGAUACUGUAUAAGCAUUUACAGAUACCCACUCCUGACAGAAUUUGACUUGAAGUAAGAUAAUUUAAAUAACUGACCAAUCUUUCUCCUCGCCAGUACAGUUACUUGUAACUUCACCAGCAUGAAAAAUAUAAGAUUGAAGAAUUGUAACAAGUUUUUUUUUUAAAGACUACAACUGAUAUCUCUACUCACCUGCCAUGGAUUUUUUUGUACAUUCCAAAUAUUUCUUUAUUUUGCAUACCUUUUAAUGUGCAUGUAACCAUUGCAUCGUCUUUAAUGUUCAUCUGUUUAGCAAUAAACAAUUUGUGUAGUUUUUUUUUGGCCUUGUAUCCUUCCACAUAAAGAACAUAAAUUGCAAGGGAUGAGUACAAGUCAAGUAGAAACAUGUAAAUAAUUGUUUAAAGUGAACAUUUGUAAGUUUUUCUUUUAAGCUCUCCUUCAACAAAGGUAUACCUUUGUUGUCUAGUGUUCCCAUAAAUUGAAGAUUUGCAGCAAACUUCUCCAUCACAAUAUCAAAGUCUGUUGACAGAUCGGUUUGACUCAAUGUUUGUAGAUCAUUUUCAGUUUAAUACUGAAGUAACUGCUACAUCCAUUGUUUCAAUUUCUUAAUUCUCUACUAAAAUGGGCAAAACAGCUAAAAUAUUGACAUCUUGCUUGCAGUGUGCAUCUUGCACUGUUGAGCAGUUAAUUUUUGUUAACCAUGUAGUAUACUAAAGAUUCCACUUUUAGCUGUGGUAGCAAGAACAUUUUGUUGCUAGUUGUCCAACCCAUAGAGCUGAUGUGUGCUGUUUUCAAGUGGCCAUUUGAGAAGGCCAAGAAACAGAUGCUUUGCAUCAAGUAAAACCUGGCAGGAAUAAAUUGAAUUUUUUCAGAAGGAAUGAUUCAUUGAUUGCCAGGUUAGUGUAAUCCUUUUAGUUUUAUCUUUGGCAAGAUAUUAAUAGUGCCAACAAAUACAAGAGAGAAACAUUGUUAAAAAACUUGGAAUGUCUGUGCAUGUGUCUGAAAAAAAUUAUUCUUUUGUAUUGAUGUCUUUAAUCUGCUGACUAAUGUCAAUUAUGUAUUGUGAAAAACUUUUUUACACUACUUAAGACAUGCAAAUUUCAGGGACAGAUAUAUGCCAUACCAACAAGUCUGUUACAUUGUUAAACAAGAAUAAUUUAACAAGAACAAUUAGGCACAUUAGGGUAUCAGUUAAGAUCUAUACAAAUUCAAGAUUUAAGCUUAUUUUGGAGACUGUAGACAUUAAACUUGAGAAUUUGCCAAGUGUUCUUUUAAUCAAGAGUCUAUGGUUAUCUUUAAAAAAUAUAUUUCUGUAAAUAUUUUUAUAAUAAACAAUCUUUUUACAAAA